UUCGCAGGCGAGAGCUGUCAGACAGUAGCCCAGCUUCCACGGACCGUGGUGGGGCGCCUGCCUGGAUUAUUAAGAAGUUGACAGCUUACCUAGCUCUGGUCGGUCAGUGAGGGGUUCAUAUAAAUGCCCCAGGUGGCGUUGAGCUCAACAGUAGGUGGAUUAGUAUUUAGUAUUUAGACCAAAACACAACUUCACUCUCUGCCAUAUCGCGACAUCACGUAAAACCUCCGUUCAACCCUUGCACUGUAAGCAUAUGACAUCUCGACUAGGACAAUUGAGUAAACAAAUCUUCAACAUGGCUGCCAAGACCAAGACCGACAUCCACUUGUACACCACCGGUACCCCCAACGGUAUCAAGGUGUCCAUUCUCCUGGAGGAGCUUGGCCUGGACUACCAGGUUACGCCCAUUGAUAUUUCAAAGAACACCCAAAAGGAGCCCUGGUUCCUGGAGAUCAACCCCAAUGGACGUAUCCCGGCCUUGACCGACAAGUUUGAGGACGGCAAGACUAUCCGCCUGUUCGAGUCGGGAAGUAUUCUUCAGUACCUUGUCGACCGCUAUGACAAGGACCACAAGGUCUCUUAUCCCUACGGCUCGCGCGAGUACUGGGAGGUGAACAACUGGUUGCACUGGCAGAUGGGUGGCCAAGGUCCCAUGCAGGGACAAGCCAACCACUUCAAGCGCUACGCACCCGAGAAGAUCCAGUACGGCAUCGACCGUUACACCAACGAGACCCGCCGUCUGUACCGCACCAUGGACACAGCGAUUGCGGCCAACCCCAGCGGCUACCUAGUUGGUGACCGCGUGACGAUUGCCGACAUCGCCAGCUGGGGCUGGGUGGCGGCGAGCAAGUGGGCGGGCAUCGACCUGGAAGAGUUCCCCGCGCUUAAGGCGUGGCUGUGGAGGCUGGUGGAGAGACCCGGCUUCGAGCAGGGCCGCCAUGUGCCGUCCAAGCACACGGCGCUGGAUCACUUCAAGAUGACGGAUGAGGAGCUUGACGAGAAGGCCAAGGGGGCCGCCGCGUGGAUUCAGCAGGGUAUGAAGGAUGAUGCGGCUAAAAAGUGAGGGAGUUAGGUGCUUGGUGAGGCUCGCGCGAAUGGGCCGAGAAAAGCAUUAACGAACAAACAAGUCAAAUAGGAAAAAGCAAUGGAUUAGAAACUGUCUGUGAUGUGAUCUUCCAUCGAAUAAUGAAGAAUGCCUAUCCAUGACAUCAGAAAAUGGUGAGUGGUGCAAAUACGCUGGCCUUCAUGGUGCAAAAACCCGCCAGGUCUUCCAAGUACAAAUGAGUCCAAUCUGGUCGGUUAGCUCAGUUGGUUAGAGCGUGGUACUAAUAUUUCACCUGAAAUGUUGCGUAAUGCCAAGGCCGGGAGUUCAAGCCUCCCACUGAUCAU